AUGAUUCAUGAAACCGAUCAGUAUCUUCCUAUAAUAAGAUCACCAUUCAAGAAUGAACCGAUAGAAAUAUUAGGAAAUUUAAAACAAUCACCUCCAAAUACGUAUCCCAUCGAAAGUUCAACAUUAUCAGCUAAUCUAUCAUCUUUAAAUGUUAGUUAUUUGUCUCAAUUAAUGAAUUCAUCUAUUGAACAAAAUAAUAACAUGAAUAGUCAUAAAGAUUUUGAUUAUAAAUAUCAAUAUGAGUUACUACAAAAUUCAGUACAAUCAAGUGAAUUCAAUAGUUCAGCAUUUAGUACUCCUACAUCAAACAUUUCUGAAUUAAAGAUUUGGGAAAAUAAAAAUGAUAGAUGGAAUCAUUCAUUCAAUUGUAAUAUGAUAACUUAUAAUCCAUCUUUUUUAUAUAACCCUAAUCCUUUGGAAAAGAAUCAAUUUAUAGAAGUUCAAAAAUAUUUUCCUAUUAUUAAUACAUCAAAUUACAUCAUAGAUUGUAAUUGUUCAUUUACAAAAAUGAAUUUCCUCGAAUACUUCUUAUCUACAUUCAAUCAACUACAAUAUUUAAAUAUGAGAUAUAAUUUAUCAAAUUUAUAUCAAUGGUAUCAAUUCUAUUAUGAACAAUAUAUUCAAAAUAUAAUGUUGAAGAUGAUUGAAACAAAUGAAGAACCAUUAGAUUUAUCAUUAAAGACAGAUUUAAUUCUCAAUAAAUCAAUAUGUCAACAACAACAAGAAGAACAACAAACACAACAGGAGAUACCAGAUGAACGUCUAACUCAAUCUAAUAAAACACCAAGUGAAUUAUCAGAAAUUGAUUGUAAUUAUUCUACACAUCUAUCGUAUGGUAAACAAUUAGAAAACGAUGCUCAUUUAUAUCAAGCAAAUGUAUUAAGAACGCCAAUUAAAUAUCCGAAUGAAACUUCUACAAUAUUAUCAAAUGAAUAUUCUAUUCAUUCAAAUAGUUUUAUAUCAGAAAAAUCAUUACCCAUAAUAAAAAAUUAUUCAUUGAAUAUAACAAAUAAAUUAUUAUCACCAUGCAAAAUUAAAAAAAUUAAUAAUAAUAAUAACAAUAAUAAUAAUAACAAUAAUAAUAAUCCCUCAGCAACUAAUGAAUUAUAUUUAAAUAAAUCAAUAAAACAUUCAUAUACACAAAAUGAAUUAUCCGAAGCAGUAAAAGCUAUUUGUUUUGGUAAAUUAGGUACACGUAAAGCAGCUAAUUUAUAUGGGAUACCAAGAUCAACAUUAAGAAAUAAAAUAUGUAAAUUAAAUGAAUUAAAAAAAUUAGAAGAAAAACGUUUAGGUGGUAAAUCAAUUGUAUUAUCACAAUUUUUAUUAAAUUUAAUUGAAUUAAAUAAAUUAUAUAAAUAUUCAAUAAUCAAUAAUAAUAAUAAUAAUAAUAAUAAUAAUAAUAAUAAUAGUAAUAAUAAUAAUAACAAUAAUAAUAAUGAUAGUAAUAGUAAUAAUAGUAGUAUUAAUAAUAAUAAUAGUAAUGAUAAUGAAUAUUAUUAUUAUGAUUAUUAUAAUAAUUCAUCAUUAUUAACCAAUAAUAAUUUAAUAAAUUCAAUGAAUAAAACUAUUAAUAAUAAAGGACAAAUGACCAAAUUAUGUUUAUCAAAAAAUUAUAUUAAUUAUUUAAUGAAUACAGCUAAUAGAGUUGCAUCAAUAUUUCAAGUGAAUUGUCGAAGGAGUUACAUGUAUAAAAGGACGUUAGAUCAUAAAUCAAAAAAUGGAGUAGAAAAAUCAGUUCAUGCAAAGAAAAAAUUGGCAUCAAUUCAUAAACUACGGUGUUCACAUCAACAAUCAGUUAAUCAAUAA